GCCCCUCGAAUCAGUCAGCGGCAACCUGGUGUUUCACAUACCAGAAACUGUCGACGAAGCGGAAUUCGUGUUUUCAACACAAACUGAAAGCUAUAAACAUAUUACCAUUGAUUGUGAUAAUAUGACAGGGCCUGGAUUAGUCGUAGAUGGUAUGAUCUCCAGUCAUAAGUCCGUGGGUAGUGGACUUCACAUCGUCAGGACCAAUGGCAGCUCUGUCCUGGUGGCUGGCUAUGUUCAUGGAUGGAUACAAGCUAAAGCAUUCAGUUAUCCCCUCGUUAUAAACAGUAGUCUGGUGGAAGGAACAGAUGCCUUGCUACAAGAAUGUGAAACCAUCCGACCUACAGCAGCACUGACUAGAACCAUCCAGUCUACAGCAGCACCUACUGGAGCCAUCCGACCUACAGCAUCAUUUGUGGAAUCCACCAAACCUACACUAGUAUUAACGGACAACUCAACUUCCUCGUGCUCCUGUAAUAGUUGUGGCAAUUACAGCUUCUCUAAUUAUACUACUGAGGAACUUCAUGCCGUCAUAGAACAACUUCGGGCAGAACUUCUUGUUCAAAGGAAUUCGACUAGUAGUUAUAUACGUACCAAGAUAUCAGCGAAGGACAAUCGGCCGUCUUCUACAGCUAUAGGUUGUGUAGGCUGUAUGAUUCUAGUCAUAGCAGGACUAGGAAUUCUGGCCAUGGAUGCUGGUGUUCUGGUCGAGGUUAUAAAAAACAUAAAACGAAACGUUUGUCCGGUAUAAAAAGAUAUUAUCCUAUUUCCGUUUCAACCAUUUUUAUUGACAAAUUGUUACAGUCAAAUAUGUUGAAUAACCGGUCAAGUCUAUAUACAAAUUCUCUCCAUGAAAUCUUUAUCAAAUAAGUUGUCCGUGAAUUAAUUAAGUGUGAUUAAAUUUAAUUUGAAAUGAUAAAUUAUAUGGGAUAGCAACAGCGUUAUAUAGCAAGGGAGAUAACUCUCCCACGUAAAAAUAUAUGGAGAUGAACUGGAACACCUAUACAACAUACAAACCGUUUUCCUUCUUCGAUUACAUGUAUACAGAUGUCACUUUGCAAAGAGACCAGUUGGUAAUCAUUAACCAAAUAUUAAAAUAUUAUCCUAAUAGCUGAAAUUUAAAUACAUGAUAGGAUUUUAGACAAAACAUAAUACGCUCAGUAGUAUUCAUGUAAUCGCUGAUCCUGAAUAAUUGUAUUUUGAAAGUAAACAUUUGUUUUUGCUGUUUAUUAAAUACCAAUGGUUUCGUUAUUUGCUAUUCGCUUUCACGUUGUAAAAAAAUCAAAGAAAUUCCUUAACCCUUAUGUUUUGUAAAAACAGUCAAAAGGACGACAGGAUUACCGCCGUUGUGGAGUACAUUGAUAGAUGCCGACAAAAGAUAACAUGAUUUUAGAUCAGGCUAGGCAUAUUCUUAUAGAAAAGCACUGAUAGAUGAUUGGACUUCUCCAGACUGUUGUAGAGUACAAUAUCACUGAAUUGAUAGAACUUGGACACUUUAGCAUUAUAUCACACAAAUCAUUCUGACAACCGCUUUUUAAAAAUUCCCAAGGACACACCCAGAACAAGAAAAGGGAAAUGUGGGAUGAAAUAAGCAGAAAGAGGUCCAAUAUGAUGACAAUCAAUCGCUGCCAUUUAUAUCCACAAAAAGAGCCCUUUAAUACGAUUUCUGAAAAAGGGCCAUAUAGGUUUUAAUUAACGAUCGCGCUGCUGGGUACGACAGGACCAUUGGUUUCUUUAUACAACGGAAACACUGAUUAGAAAUAAAUACUGUUAACUGAACAUUCUAUAAUCGCAAUAAGGACCAUGUUUUUCGUUCACUGUACAUGUAUAUUCAGUUGUAGGAGUAAAUCUUUGCUUGGGGCAUCCAUUUUUAUUGUAUUUUUCUGACAGUAUCCUUCAUGCUUUUAAACAACGCAGAAUACCAAAUGUUAAUGAAAAUGGUAGCUCUUUCGCUGUUCAUUUUCAAUGUAGUUAGCAAUUGAUAUAGAACAAUGGAGUUAUAGAGUUAUUUUAUUGAAAUGAAGUUAUUUGUUGAAUGUAAGUAUACUUUCAACCUUUCUAAUGGCUACACGUUUUAAUAAAUACACCUGAAGUUCAUGUUUACAUCGUUUUUUUCCCAACCGUUUAUCGAGUUGAUUGCACAUACAUUAUUGAUAAAUUGAUGGAUGCGAACUAAAGGGGAAGUCAUUGUGUAUAUUAUAGCCAAAGAAAUCUUAAAAAUACCCAAUCGAACCCUUAUUUCAUUAACUGACAUUGGAAAUGGACGUAUGUCAAUCAUAUAGCUGACGAAGAAGCAUACCUUAAACGUUCAGUGCGCGACAUAUCGAAAAGCAUUGUUGAUUGAUGACUUGAUAACGAUUUUAACACUUGAAUCCGAAUUUUGGACGUAUUUUCACAUUAUUUAGACAAGAUGUACUUUCCAUUAAAUCUAUUUCAUUUCCUUCAUUCAUUUCUUCCCAUUUAUUUACUUUUGUUUUUACGUAAUGUGUUGUGUAUGUUUAAUUGGAUAUAGCUUUUAUUAUAGCUAUUUAUAUAUUCCAUCCUAUUUAACAGUGGUACCGUACGUUUGAACAUCUGCAAUGUUAGUACAAGUGUUGCAACGUUGAAACAUAUGUAAACGGAACACGU